AUGUCACAAAAAAUCAACUCAAAGAAUCUCUCGUACAACUCUUCCCUCCCGCCCUUUCUCGCUGCUCUCCGCGCCCAGGCAUCCGGGGCUUCGGGUCCAGAUCCCAUCCUUUCAGCACAGCGUCGAGGAGGGAAGAAGAGAUCAAGCAGCGAAGAAGCGGAAGAUGCCCCACUGAUUGUGGACGAAGAGGGCAACGCUGUUGAUGACCUGAAAGUCAACAAAGACGGCACCGUCGAGGAAUUACCGAAUGGCAGCAGCAAUGAUGCGACAAAGGACGGCGAUGCAGACACAGCGCAAAGCAAGACGAACCUGAGCGAGCCUGAAACGGCCAAAGCUUCAAUAGGAGGGAGGAAACGCAAGGUUGGCAAGGUGAUUGGAGAAAACGCUGAGAACAGUGAGCCCGAGACUUCUACUGCGGACAAGAGGAGUGAGCCAGUGAAGAAGGAUCAGAAAGAUGCUGAGCAACAGGCUACCAACCGGAAGCCUAAGAAGAAGGCAAAGAAGAUCAAGCUGAGCUUUGACGAAGAAGAGGGCUAG